UUAAAUUUUAUUUAUCGCCAUCAUAAAAAUCGUAAUAAACACUUCUCAGCUCAGCUGGCUCAAGUUUUAGUCAAGAGUUUUUUUACGGGGAAUAACAUAAGCAGAACUGAGCUUUUAGAUUACUGCUAGUUUCUCAUUAAUUUUCAGUUUCUCAGAUGAGAUAUAGAUGAUGAGAUGAUAGAGAACACCGCAAAUAUUUGCAUUUACGUAUUAUCUCUUUACCCGUUUUUUUCCUACAAAUGACCGUUAAGUAUCGUUAAAACAUCUUACCAAUUUGCUCUUCACAGCGGAUGUUACUUAUAGCUGUUGGCGUAGUGAGCAGUGAAGCAGUUUAGCAACGCUGUUGGCAGUGUAAACAGUUUACUAAAAUACUGCAAAAAUUGUUAAUAAUUGAAAUAAUUUAAAUAAAAACACAAAGAUGCUAAUAAAAAGAUUAUGUUGUUGUGCAGCGCUUACAAUAUUCACCAAUUGUGUUUUUGGCGCGCCAGCAGCUAAUAAGACACAACGACUCAAACGUCAAAUCUUCUCCAACGAUUUUAAUUUCAAUAAUAACAACAACAAUCCUUUCUUCAGGCCAACGGCGAAUAGUUUUGAACCUAAUCCCUUUGCGCGUCCACAAUGGGGUCGUCCCGGUCCUGGGCAGCCGCUAAUAUUCAGCAAUGGUGGUAAUAGACAAAGCCCUACCAUUACAUCAACAACAACAACAACAACACCGCCAACAUCUAACGGCGAUGCGAAUGUUGUUUUCAUAAACAAUCAACCAAUUGUUGCUACCAUACCACCUUUUACAGCGCCUACUACGGCUACACCGCAGUUUUUGGAUUGCUUUGGCAAUUGUCCCACCACCUCUGAAUAUAAUCCAAUCUGUGCGAGUAAUCAACAACAAUAUCAGAAUCCGCAAAAAUUCGAUUGUGCGCGCCGCUGUGGGGCAGAUAUCCAAAUUGUGCGUCGUGGCGCCUGUGAAGGUCUAUUCCCAAUGUCACGUGGAUGAAAUGAUACAAAUUCCAGUCUCUGACGGAGCAAAUGCACUGAGUUACCAAAACAAAUUCGCUCUUACAUAUUCGUUUAUAUAUUAACUAGAUAAGUACAUAUAGAAUAUAUACAUAUGUACAAGUAUAUACAUAUGUUCCCUUUGGACGAGUUUAUCAGUUGAAAUUUAGAAAUUUUAGUUCUCUUCUUCUUCUUUUUUUUCAUUCUCUUUCGUUAGCCAGUAGUCAAUAUAUAUGUGAUACCAGUUUUCUUCUACAUUUAUACACAUACACAUAUGAAGUAUUGAUUUUUUAAUUAAUGAAUUAAUUU